AUGGCGGAAGAGGAGCCUCAAGCACAGAAAUUCUCUCCAAAGAAGAGAAAGGUGUUAGCCGCUUCGGUUGGGCCUGUGGUGAACUUUCGUGUUGAUUUCUACGCAGAGAAGGGAUCUUUGUUUUAUCGACAAUUCGAGGAAGACUUGCUCUAUACUGUGACUGUGGCAACGACUUUGAGGCGACCGAAUCCAUUGUUUCAAGCAGCUGAGAUGUUUGUGAAGUUUAUUCAAGAAGCUGCGCCUGAUGGAUAUUCACGAUCAGUGGAGGAGCUCGGAGUGGAGGGGCAGAUGGUGUUGAAGGCACCGAAGACAGCACCAUACCCAGUGACCCUUUUUGUUGGUGGUGGAGUUGACAAUGUGGCGGCUGGCCUUUACCUGAUGGAAUGUUUCCUUCGGUGGCGAUUCAACCUGGCUGACUGCAAGAACGUGGUGCAAUUGCCUCAAGUCAGAGUGGCAACCAGUUCGACAGAUGCUGCAGUCCAUCAAGCUAUUCAGAGUUGGAUUGAGUCGGCAGGAGAUUUUGUGCGAGGGACUGUCGAAGAAUGCGCCAAGGAUUUGUCCUUGAUUGCGCCACCAGGAUUUGCCCACGCGCAAAUCAGUGUAGUCGACAAUGCAACAGAUCGAGAGCAUUUGCAGUUAAAGCUGGUGGGAGCUGGAAGCGCCAUUGCAGCAGCGUUGACGGGCUGGUCGGGCGAAUGGAAGUUGAAUGGAGCGCCUUGCGAGCCCUUUGCUGAAGGAUCUCAGUAUGAGAGGGUCAGUUCGAAGAGGUCACGGAGCCAAAGGCAGGUUGUGAUGGCAGAGUUGAAAACAUUCAGAGCUGCGACGACGGUGCUCGGCUUGGAGGAUGUGGAGAAGCGAGUUCGAGAAUGGCUGCAGUAG